GGCAGUACCAGUACAGACGCUAGGCAGUAUCAGUACAGAUGUCAGGCAGUACCAGUACAGACGCCAGGCAGUACCAGUACAGGAGCCAGGCAGUACCGAUACAGGCACCAAGCAGUAUCAGUACAGGUACCAAGCAGUAUCAGUACAGGUACCAAGCAGUACCAGUACAGGCACCAGGCAGUACCAAGACAGGCACCAGGCAGUACCACUACAGACACCAGGAAGUACCAGUACUGGAGCGAGGCAAUAUCAGUACAGGCGCCAGGCAGUACCAGUACAGGAGCCAGGCAAUAUCAGUACAGGCGCCAGGCAGUACCAGUACAGGUGCCAAGCAGUACC